AUGAUCUUAAGCGAGGGUUUAAGAUCAUCUAUUAAAAGAGAAGGUGAAGAGAAAGAGAAGAAAAAAAGAAAGAAGCCCUUGGUAGCUCAGUCUUCUACCUCUCCCUUCCCGUAUAGCCCGAUCAGACAAACUUGGAAUAUAAAAAUAACAAUAAAUAUAAUUUGCUCAGAGAGUGGAUUGCCCCCAUCCAUGAUUGCAGCCUCAUACGUUUACAACGAGGCGAUCAAGAAUUGGGGGCUAAGUAUUUAUGGAAGUAUAUUAGAUCAAUUAUUCGGAACUGCUUUGUUAGCUGCUGGACUUUGGGCAAUUACUGAUAAAAGAAAUAGAGUUCCCAGUGGUUUUAUUCCUUUAUUGGCUGGGUUAAUACUUACUAUGAUUUCAUUAACAUUUGGCCUAAAUGGAGGGUUUGCAAUUAAUCCAGCACGUGAUUUAGGUCCAAGACUUUUUAUGUUAAGUAUUGGAUUGGGAUGGGGAAUGUUUAGUAACAAUAAUUUCUACUUUUGGAUUCCUCUUGCAGUUCCAUUCGUUGGCGCAUUAAUUGGCGCUUUUGUUUAUAAUUUAUUAAUUGGUGUUCAUGGUUUGGACGAACAAAUAGAAAUUAGUGGAGCAAAUUAUCCAAGGGAAAAUGAUCGUGGAUAUAAGGAGUACAACUCAAACCCUGCCUCCGUGGGUGUCACCAGCCACUUGGUCUCUUACAGCAGCACAAUAAAUCGUUGA